UGUGUUGUGCGCGGAAGACAAACCACCCGGAAGCAGUACGAGAAAGACGCCGAGCGAAGGAACAAAAAGGCCUUCCCGAGCCAGGAGCAACCGCCGCACCAAGCUCUCCCGAGACUUGAUUAGAAGGACAAAUCCACAAUCCAAAUCCCAAGAGUAAAAAAGCCAGGAUCUUCAUUGAGCUCUGCCGCGUUCCUGCCAGACCUGAGCCACCGGAAACUGGGAGCUGCACAGCGCGCCGGCGCGCGCGCCAUCAGACAGAAAAGCUGCCGCUGCAGCAGGAGCAGAGGAGGAACCUCUGUCGAGGGCAAUGCCUCUGUCGAGGCACACGGUCGCCAACGAGUACUCCCUCGGGGGCCGCGACCUCUACAAGCGGGCGGACCAGCACGACCCCGAGGCCGUCCUCGAUGGCGUCGCCAUGGCCGGCCUCGUCGGCGUCCUCCGCCAGCUCGGCGACCUCGCAGAGUUUGCUGCACAGGUCUUCCACGGGCUGUAUGAUGAGGCGAUGACCACGUCGGCUCGAGGGCACGGGCUGGUGCUCCGGGUGCAGCAGCUGGAGGCAGAGCUGCCACUCCUGGAGAAAGACUCCUGUCAGAGAGAUUACCUGUACGUUGCUUCCGACAGGGGAGUUGAUUGGCAUGCUAAUCUGAGGGUGGACCAUGGGCUUGUGACGAGAGGCGACACGCCUCGCUUCAUCAUGGAUUCCAUCAAGCGGUGUCAUGGGCCUCCCAGAUUGUUCAUGCUUGACAAGUAUGAUAUCGGUGGCGCGGGGACGUGCAUGAAGAGAUACUCGGACCCGGCCUUCUUCAAGACGGAUUCUGCCUGUUCAAGAAUGCUGCAGGAAGGAAUCAGAAGGGAAAGAAGACCUCUUAGAGCCAUGGAGAUCAGGCCGAACCUGCAGAAUUCUGAGAUUUUCAGACCUCCUAACGCACCCAACAGUGACUCCAAAUCGGAGACUGAUUUAUCCGUUGAAGCUUUGGAUGAAGCCCCAACAAGGCGCCAACGACUGAAGAACAGGCAGCUAAACGGCUCUGUGUUCCAAAGCUUCAGACCGCAGAUGCAGGAUCUUUAUGAAAAGGCUUCUUCACCACAGGAGAAAACUUUCUCCAUGGAUCAAUCAGAGGCGCAGAUAUCUUUCACCGAUUCACCAGAUACAAACGCUGAAGAGAGGGACAUAAUGGUGGACACUUCCAGCAGCAUGGACAGAGGCAAGAAAGGCCACCACACCUUGGUGCACAAGAACAGGUCCAUGUGUGAAGAAGCCUUGUCCCGUUCUUCAGAUGCCCGGUCAGCAGGAAGCAGCAGCAAGGGGUACAACUCUGAAAUUGACAUUUUCGUGGAUGCACUCACAACAAUGGUGUCUGAAGUGGAGACAGACACGGAGCACAGGGACCAUGGAAAACGGGCCUCUUCACCAGCACUUUCAGGCAAGGCGUGCUCCGAUGCUCACGGUGCCGUGCUGUCCAACUCUAGUAGCUUCAGUAAGGAGGAGGACUCGCCGACGUCUUGCUCUUCAGAUGUUACCUCAGCAAACGGUGGUAACCCUGAAGAUGAAGACACUGUCCAUGUACCGCAGGCCAAACCUGUUAUGGGUGAACAUGAGAGGACUAGCUCAUUGGAGGAAUUGUUUGAGCAAGAGAAGCCUGUUUCUUGCGAGCAUGAGAGAACUUCUUCCUUGGAGGAAUUGCUCACCAGCGAUGUCCUUGUUUCAGAGCCUGACAUGAAGGAACUAGCUACUGAAUCAAAUACUAACGGCCUUGUCAGUAAUGCUACAUCUGAUAGUGCAGUUGACCCUACUAAAAAGGCCAAGGAGAAUAAUAUUUUGACCAUUUCCUUCAAGAAGACAGCUAGCAAGAGGUUGAAGUGUGUCGAAAGCAUGGAGAUUUUUGCUUCAAAAGUUGGCAUUUUGCCCAGGAAACUCUCCAAGAAGCAUGAUCCGUUCUCCGAUUCCCUCCGGAACAUGGCGAAGGAGCUGCUUGAGCUAAAGUGUGAUGGCACUCAAGAUACCGACUUGCAUGACUUUGAAGCAAAUGGUGAGGAAUUCGAUGUUAAAUGUCCAGAAAUGUCUCACCAUCCUGUUGAAAUAGAGGAAAGUGUCAGGCAAAGCAUUUCUUCUGAGUCCCCACAAAAUCAUGUUAGUCCAAGGGAAUGCCAGUCAGAAGUAAACAAAGAGUCUGACCAUGAUGUUCCACCUACUGACAGUCCACAAGAUUCAGUCUUUGAUGAAAAUGGUUUCCAGCAUACCAGUAUCUACUUGACAGACAUCACAUCACCGAGUCCUCAAGAAGAAGGAUGUGCAGGUGCUACAUCUGAUGAGCAUUUGUCUGCUGGCAUGCUCAAUCUCGCAUUGGAGCUUAUGCAAGAGAAUAUUGAGGAUAUACGUACCGAAGAUGUUUCUGAAAAUGCAUCAGAUGUGGGUGAAGAGUUGAAAGAAGUCUGCAUUUGUGAAGAGCAGGUAAAUGUGGAAGACACCAAUGAAUGUGCUGAAUCCGAUGAAUAUAAAUCGGAGGAUGAUGAAAUCACAGAGUACAUAGAAGAUCACGUGGUUCCAGAUGGUGUGAUCUCCUCGCCGACUUCAUCCAAGCUAUCUGAUGAUCUUUCCCAAGCAACUCCAUUCGGUCUCACAGAUGCAGAUGGCGCGAUGGCAAGUGAAGGUGCAAACAACUACAUCCCUGAAAUGGAGCAUACCACAUUGCUGGAAACUAUCACAGAAACUGAAGUACCUAAACUUGUACCCGAGUCAGUAAUCAGCAGUGAGGCUUCCGUGCCAGAUGAUGAACAGUGCUAUUUACAUCCAGAAACAACUUUUGCACAGGAUACUGUUCUCAGAAGCUGUGAAGUUACAGGCCCAAAUGAUCAACUGCAGCAGUGCAUCUCAUCCAUGAUGGCCGAGACUCCAGAUCCAACUGUACAUGAAUUACAUCAGGAACAACCUAAUCCAUUCAUCAGCAGCACUGAAAUUUUUGCAGAUCAAAUGGCUCCUGACGCCAGAUAUGUGCCGCUACCGAACAUCUCAAGUUUUGAUUGGAUGCUUAAUGGGGCAAUGCAGCAGUCUUUAAAUGUGCUUCCUGCUCCAUCAACUAAUGGAUUUCUACAUGAAAUUCCUUCUUCUGAAGAUACUGAAGAUGCACCGCCACUUCCACCUCUUCCGCCAAUGCAGUGGCGAGCGACCAAGCUCCAGACAGGAUCCACAGCUUUAUUUGCAAAGAUUGGGAAACCACCGAGGCCAAAGCCUGCAGUGAAACAAAAUGAGAAUGAGAGGAACUCUUCAUUUGAUGAAAUGAAUCAAGAGGAUCAAAACCUUCAGGAAACAAUCCUGCAGAACGGCUUUACUUUGCUGCAGAAGGAAAUGACACCGACAACAGUUUCUGAAGAGGUUCAGACAAAUCCAUUACUUGACAGGGAUUCUCAAGAAAAUCAUCUCCAAGAAAAAUACAAAGAUUAUGAUGUGCAGGCUCCCAAUCUAUUUUCCGAAUCAGAAGUCAAGAGCACGGCAUGCCUUGUUUCAGUAGAAGGAGUUAAUCUGCACACUUUACCCGAGCUUAUAAGAAUUCCGGAGGAGGCUUGGUCUGAGCUUGUAGAUAUAGAACCAAUUCUGCAACCGGAGGAAAAGCGAAAGGAAGAGCUCAGAAACAGAUAUUGUGAUUUCAGUGACAUGCAUACUGCUGGUUUGCCAAUCGAAAAGACUAAUCUGGAGUAUGAAAUAUCUGAUCAAAAGGUGAAGGAAUCUGAUCACAAGGAGAAAGAAUUGCCAGCUGCAGAUAGAAACACAAUUGCAGAUUCAGAAGAAAACAAACCAGAGGGGCUUCCUUGUCAGGAUGAUACGCAAAAUCCUGAUUUCUCGGUGCAACGGGAAGAUGGAGAGCAUGGUAGUUCCGUUGACAAGGCUAGGGAGUUCUCUAUAGCAUUAGAAGAGGAACUAGCAAAGUUACCUCCUCAUCCAGAGCCGGAACCACCUAGAUGUCCUCUGCUUCAAGUUACUUCUCAUGAUAGAAGCAUGCUAAGAAAGGCUCCAACUUUGGUUCAGCCUUCAAGUAAGCUUUCAGAUGAGAAGAACACAGUGCUAGAACAGAUAAAGAACAAGUCUUUCAACUUGAAGCCAGUCAUCGUGAAGAGACCAAACGUGAUAGGUGGUCCGAGAACGAACUUACAAGUGGUGGCUAUCUUGGAGAGGGCCAACUUAAUUCGCCAGGCUGUUGCCGAUGACGAUGACGAGGAUAGCUGGAGUGAGUAGUUGAUUCCUCAGAGUAAUUUUGGCGCCUAUGUUUUAUGCAACGAUCCAUGUCUUGUGCUCAUGUUCUUGCAUGAAGAGAAUGAUGGAACAUAUCGGCAGUUUUUCUUCAUGUCGAGAACACCAUGCCAAGACAAUUGAUCUGUCCCAGUGAAGGUCUUCCUUUCCCCCUUGUAUAUGAGAAGCAGAGACUGUAUUCCACCUCCUUUGUUGUGCCUCCUGAAGUUUGAUGCUUGACGGGGAGUGUAUGUGUACGGCGUUGUGGUACUAGUGUGCAUUUUUGUAACCUGAGUGUAUAUAGAAAGAAGAUAAAUGCUGUCGAUUUUUUCCCUGGUCAAAACUGACUUGAGUGUUUGGAAGCAUCAGUUAAGAAAUCUGUAGGAUUAUGCAAAGAAAAGUAUAGAUUUCGUAUGGAGGGAAAUCCAGCACGGCCAUUUUUGUGAA